ACACGAACCAUUAAAAUUCAAGAUUACAAUCGUCGACCCCCAGAAACCAUUUGAUCACUCCUAGGCCAUGCACAAUCCGUUUUAUUUUCAGCAUUUAAUUUCCAUGAACAACCACCUUGUUGCGCAAGUACUUAAAUGCACUGAAGACUGUGCGAUUGGUGAUUAUCACCCAGAAAACUAUGCCCUCUGAGCCAGAUCGUCGAACCUUCGUCAUUCCUGUAAACCUUGGCACGCCUGCUCAAUAUGACCAAUCGAUCUUCCCUCUCAUGAGACUGAAGGAUAAAAGUUCUCUAGCGCAAGUUGAUGUAGUCCUUGAAGCCACGCUGGACGAGGUUUUCAAGAUACGCCAGAUGGCCGCUGAUCCGACACAGGUCCGAGAUAUAGUUACCGCGACGAAGGUCUCUUAUGACAAGCUGGUCCUCGAACGGGAGAGACUGGAAACCCAAAGGAAAUCAUUCAACCCGGUGAAACUAUUCUCGGCAUAUCGUUCAACUCGGUUGCUCGCGGAAGCAGGGAAAACGUUGUACACGAAAACCAGGUCCACGUCAGAGAGGAUGAGAAGGCAAUUACUCUCUGUUACCUCAACAAACGUUGAGCGUGUACAGUAUGACGACUUGCCGUCUGACGCUCACAUUAGCGGAAUCGCUGUUCAACUGGAGUCGCCAUUGGACGAAUCCGCGGCUUCAUUUUUCAACGAAGCUGCGAGUUUCAUUGCAUCUCAGGUGGACCUGCUUCCUGAGGGAAACCCUUUUGCCGAUGAGCACCAAGUAGAAGAUGAUUCUGGAAUUAGUGUGAGCGCUGAACACAGUUCGACUGUAGACUCAGCAGCCAGCAAUGAUGGAGCUGCAUCACCAAGCACUUCUCGUCUUUCCGGAGCAUCUUCGUCGGGAUCUGGUAAUAACUAUUUCAUUUUCAACAAUAGCUACGUUGCCUCGAGAUCUGCCAUCCACACACCAACUUUAAACCAUGGUGGGUCACAUAACCAAGGGUCGUCUCCUCGCCACUAACGCUGUCGAUUUUUGAGUUUUGUCUACGGACCAUCCAUUAUGGCGUCGUAUACCUCAUCGUUUUCAACUUUGACUACUUUACCAUGUCGUGCAUGCAUACUAUGAUGAUUAUCAUGUUUUACGUCUAGACACUGUAUAUACCGUACCUCCGAUGACGACUGUUUCGUACUGUACGACAAUGCAUAUCAGGAGGGGCGAAGUUUGAAGACGCCCGCAAACAUAUCUCGGCGCACGAGACAGAAUCGUGUACGAGUACGGUGAUCCCGAC